AUGGCUAAGAAAGGAGGAAAGAAGAACAAGAAGGGCGGCAACAAGCCCGCCGCCGCUGCGGUAGACAAUGUCAAGGAUGUCGUUGAACCCCAAACCGAAGGCCAGACUGAAACCGUCGAGCAGACAGAGGUACCCGAGACUGCGACACAGCCCGAGACCGUCGUCGAGCCUAGCGAGGCACCCGAGGCCACUCGCGUGACCGAGGCCCCCACAACUGAGAUCCCAGCUGUGACUGAGACCGAGGAGGUGGAUCUCAAGGAGGCUUUGAAGGCCGACAAGGCCCCCGCGACAGAGGGCACUGUUGAGGAAGCCGUGGAGAAAGCGCAAGCCUCCAAGGCUGGCCAGGUGGGCGAAUUGGAAGAUGGCGCUGCCGCAGGCACUGCUGUCCUCCCAGAGAUCACCACCAAGGAGCCCGCUUCCACCAGCGCCGCGACCGGCGUCCCCGCGACACUGGCCGAGCGCCCCAAGACCUCGGAGUCAACCACCGCCCCUGCUGUUGCCCCCGCUGUUGUUGCGGCCGAGCCUGUCGCCCCCGUCGUUGCGCCUGUUGCCGAGACCGAUGCUGCUCACCCCAAGCGCCCGUACGAGAAGCCCAUCUUCAACACCGAGGAGAACCUGAAGCCCCACAAGAUGCCCAAGACCGACGAGGAGUCUGUCGCGGCUAGCGUGACCGAGGACAAGAAGACCAUUGAGGCCUUGGCUGGUGUUGGACCCGCUUCGGCUGCUGCGCUCGCAACUCCCGAGCCUACGCCGGUUCAGGCUGAGGCACCCACCGUUGCCGAUACCCCUAAGGUCGUUGCGGCGCCCAUCGCCGAGGAGAAGAAGGUGGCCGAGGCACCCAAGGUUGCUGAGGCGCCUAAGGUCGCCGAGGAGAAGAAGGUCGCUGAAGCACCCGAGGUUGCUGAGACUCCCAAGAUUGCAGAGGAGAAGAAGGUCGCUGAGGAGAAGAUUCCCGCCGCCAAGAGCACCACUGCUCAGUCCGGCGCCGGCAAGUCUGCCUCAUCUCCCGUAGCUGUCGCCGCCGCGAACGCUGCCAUCCUCUCUUCCAAGGGCGACAAGGCUGCCGCUCCGGCUGCUGCCCCCGUUGCCAAGGAGGCCGAGCCUAAGAAGCCCGAAGCUGCCCUGAAGCGCGGCGAGGAGCCAGUGCGCAAGGCUGAGGAGCCCAAGCCCGAGACCAAGGCUGAGCCUGCCAAGGAGGAGACCCAGAAGCCAUCCGAGACCGCAGCAGAGCAGGCCGAGAAGGCCGAGCAGGCUGAGAAGAAGAAGGGCGGAUUCCUGUCCUGGUUGAAGCGCAAGUUCAAAUAG